CAAAGUACAAUCUAUAUGCAUCUGACCUCUAUGGCGGAUACCGAGAUCAAGAAGAAGCGUACCUUCAGGAAGUUCACCUACAGAGGUGUGGACCUGGAUCAGCUUCUGGACAUGUCCUAUGAACAACUGAUGCAGCUGUACUGCGCCCGCCAGAGGAGGAGGCUGAACCGUGGCCUGCGCCGCAAGCAGCAGUCCCUCCUUAAGCGCCUGCGUAAGGCAAAGAAAGAGGCUCCCCCCAUGGAAAAACCAGAGGUGGUGAAGACCCAUCUGAGGGACAUGGUCAUCCUGCCUGAGAUGGUCGGGUCCAUGGUUGGAGUGUAUAACGGAAAGACUUUCAACCAGGUUGAAAUCAAGCCUGAGAUGUGCGGUCACUACUUGGGCGAGUUCUCCAUCACCUACAAGCCUGUCAAGCACGGUCGCCCUGGUAUCGGAGCUACACAUUCUUCUCGUUUCAUCCCUCUGAAGUAGAAUGGCUGUGUUCUUUGUAUAAAUAAAAACAAAAACAAAACUGGUUAAUCCACAAAA